GUAAUACCACCUGCAAUCACAAAACAGAGAAAGUAAAACAGAAAAACAAGAAAUAAAAGAGAGAACAAACAGCUCAGGGAGAAGAAGCACAACAGUAAAGGGCCACCCUUUGGUUGAAUCAGAAGCCAACCAAAAGGGCCAAACCCAACUGUUGUUUCAUGAAGGAGAGCAGAAACCCAGUUUCAAUCCAAUCAUGGCAUCUUUCAGAGUUGUGAGUUGUGUCUCUCUCCUUCUUGGAUUUAAAGUUUUGGUAGAGGCUGGCCACGUUUAGAUGCAAAGCUUCAGUUACAUUCCAUCUUCGGUCUCUUCCAUUUUCACAUGCAUGGGAGCAGAGGUUGUCUUGGAAGCUGUAGCCAACCCAAAUUUACUGUGGUAGAUGAGCCGUCAAACGGACUGAGAAUUCAAGGUCAACCAGUGAGGAAAAACAGCAUAUCAGAGGAUUUUUGGAGCACUAGCACUAUUGAAAUGGAUAACAGUGCAAUUCUGUCUCAGAUAAAUAUCAGUUCAAACAACCCCCUUGACGCCUGUGGAGCGAGCAGCACAAGCAAUACUUCUGAAUUUGUAAAUCACGGUCUCUUACUCUGGAACCAGACAAGACAGCAGUGGGUUGGAAAUAAAAAGUCUCAACGUCAAACACAACUUCGAGAGCCUACAAUAAGUUGGAAUGCAACUUAUGAUAGCUUACUUAGUACCAACAAGCGUUUUCGGCGGCCAAUCCCCCUUCCUGAAAUGAUCGACUUUCUUGUUGAUGUAUGGGAGCAAGAUGGUUUGUAUGAUUGAUAGAGUCAUCAGAGCCCCAACAGCUUUCUUUUCUCUUUCUCUGUAUAAUUUACAGCAGUCCUUGUCAUUGUUAGAUAUUGAUUGCUAAUUAGAACACUUUUAAGCUAUUUUCUGUACGGCCUCUUCA